AUUUGGCGCGAAAAUUGAAGUGAGUGUAAAAAUCCCCAAAUAGUAACCUUUUAGGGUUUAUUUUUACUUUUCUCACCUCCUUCGAUUUCACAAUCGACAAUCGUUUUGACAAUGUCGAGUAUCAUCAGCAGUCAGAUUGAAGAAAUCAAAAUUUUUAUAUCAUCUAAUUCAAAAACAGACCAAUCGUUAGGUUAUUCAACUCUUUUACACUUCCAAGAACAGUCCAGUGACAGUCCUCCUUCAAUCCAAGCCCUAAUUCAAAGUUCUCGAUGUCUUAUUAAUUCAAUCGUCUCCGAUAUCCAUAAUGAAGAUGAAGAAAUAGCUGCUCAAGCUUUGAAGUGCUUGGGAUUUAUGAUCUAUCACCCUUCUCUCGUUGCUACAAUUCCUGCUGAAGAUGGUAAACGAGUUUUAGAGUCAUUGGCUAAACUCAUCACGUUUACAAAAAUGAAGUCAGUUUGCAACUUAGGCGUGUGGUGUAUAUCGAUGCAACAAUUCGAUGCGACACUUUUAGCUGCCUGCUUUGAUACAUUGUUGCAGGCGGUUGUUCAUGCCCUUGACAAUCCUAUUGGUUCAUUGUCAACAACGUUCGAGGCCAUGCAGGCUGUGGCAAAGUUAGCGGCCCAAAUGAGUGAAAUGAUGCGGGAAUCAUCACACUUAUGGGUUCCUCCUAUAUAUAGAAGACUUCUCAGCAUUGAUAAGAGAGAGCGGGAUAUGUCUGAGAGGUGUCUUUUGAAAAUUAGGUCUACAAUACUUCCUCCUUCAAUAAGUCUUUCCAAGGCUAUUAUUGAAGACAUGAGGGAAAAAUUGCUGACAGGGAUGAAGGACUGGUUAGACAAGGGUAUGAAGGUUCAAACUGUCCAGGCGUGGGGGUGGUUCAUCUGCUUCCUAGGAUCUGGUGCCUUGAAGAAUAGACAUCUGGUGAACGAUAUGUUGAAAGUUCUUGAGCAAACAUUUUCAGAUCACAACCCACAAGUCCAGAUUGCGUCUCUGGUUGCUUGGCAAGGUCUUAUUGAUGCCCUGGUUCAUCCUCAAAUACUGUCUUGCAAGAAGAACAGAAUUCAACAAUUGCAAACGUCACCAGGAAAAAGUAGUGAACUGGUGUUAAAUGGAUUUUCAAAAAGCUUAAAGCUCGCUAUGGCACCUCUAAUAGGGAUCAUUUCAAGUAAAUGUGACGUUUCUGUUCUCUUGUCCUGCCUAAACACAUGGUGUUAUCUUCUACAUAAACUUGAUAUCUUCGUCAACUCUCCGUCAGUAAUUAACGUGGUACUGGAUCCUAUGUUUCAAGCAAUUUUUAAGAUAGGACCAGAUAGUAAAAGUAUUCGGUUAUGGAAUUUCUGCCUUGAUUUGCUUGAAGAUUGUAUAUCAACAAAGUGUUCAGAUUUGAACUCUGAUCCAAAGAACCAGGUAAACCUUCAUCUUUCUGCUAGAACCUUCAUUCCUGGGUCUGGCAGGUAUUCAUGGAAUCAAUAUCCUAUUAAAUGGUUGCCUUGGGAUCUUAGUCAGUUGGAUUUCUACUUAAAGAUGAUUAGUAUUAUUAUUACUCAUGUGGCAACAGCAACAGCUGCCCCUGAAAGUAAAAAAUCAGUGUGUGAUGCAGCUGUCAGGAUAUUUAGAUUUGUUUUAAAGGGUGUGCAAAUGGAGUUUAGAAAUCCAUCAAAUAAUUAUGAUAACAUUAUGUUCUGUUUGAACACGAUAUUAAGUUUCAUGAAGAAAUUAGGCGAAGAUGCUAGUUCAGAUGGUGGUGGUGACUUAUUUAAUACUUUCCUUUAUUUAAUAGAGGCCACCAUGGAGGAGUUAGAACCGUCUAUUAUGGAAUCCCCUCUUUACAAGGUGGCUUUAGACAUCAGUUAUGUUGGCAGUCUGGAUUCAGUUAAACAUUCAAAAAUACCGCAUCGAUGUUCUUUUAUGGAUAUGUUUUCACCUAUGGUCUAUCUAACUGUACUCUACCUUGGUUUGGUGGUUCAAUUAACUCUAAAUACACCUGAGAUGGAAUUGAUUUUACAGAGGUUUCAAAGAUUUUAUAAGUUUGUACUGUCUUCUGAUGAUCCCCUGGAAAGUUUUCUUGCUUCUGUUGGUUUUUUGUAUGCGCACAUGGGUUUUAAGUACAUGGAGAUAUGGAUGGUGAUGGUGACUUGUCUGAAUGGCUGUAUUGAUGGUAUGAAGGAUCUCUCUCUAUUCAAAACAGAUUCUGACAAUUCGUUUUAUAGGGCCAUAUGCCAUCUCUUAUCAUAUCCAUUCAUUUUGUUCUCUUGUGCUAAGAAAGAUAUAACCCUGUUGAGAGCUAGCAAUUCCCCGAAAGAAUCUUUUGUUUUAUCAGAGAGAAAACUUGAACAGGCUAUUGAGGUUUGGAAGUCCUUAUAUGGUUCUGUUUGUGUUGCAUGCUUGAAGUCUUCUGCUACAAACACUUUCAGUCAUGAUCUGUGUGCAAUGUUAAAUUCAUGUUUCGGUGGAAACGGUAGCAUGUUUCAGUAUAAUAGUGAGCUUGGUUACAAGGAUCUGGAGCUUGCUUGCCUUUCUUUCUCUGGAAAGGUUUUGGGUGCUUUCCCUCGUUGCUUAAUAUGUUGCAGAGUCAUGAAAUUCAUGUAUGUAAACAUGGGAAGGGAACCAGCCUCUGGUCUUGUGAGUUCAAGGGUAUUCUCUACGUUGACAUGCUUCAUUAGUUGCCUUCACUCGAAGCAAGAUAUUCUUUCAUUUUUUGAGAUAAUAUCCGGUCCGCUGCUUCAAUGGUUAUCACAUCAAGAGAUAAAGGAUGAAAAUGCCAAAGAUAAACUCGGAAUCCUAUGGGCUGAGAGCCUCAAUUGUUUACAGAGGAGUCAGCCACUGCCAACUUUCGAUUCUUCUUUCCUCAGACUUCAAGCAUCCCUCCUCGAGAAAACACUGGAUCAUCCGAAUACCUCCGUUUCUGAUCCGACCAUAAUCUUUUGGAACUCCACAUAUGGCAAGCAAAUCAGCUUGGAAUACCCCCAAAAUCUACUUCAUGUUCUACACAGGUUGUCAAGAAAUGGAAGAAUAAGCCUCUACAAUAGAAGCAAAUCAUUUGUGGCAAGAUGCUCUACGCUAGAACAUGACACCGUCACCACCCCAUGGUGUUGCAAGAUCACCCCAACACAGAAGAGCUCUAAACGAGUCAAGUUAACAGAGGAGGGUAUGAUUCCCGGAUCUAACCAAAACAAUAAGCCACCAUCAAAUUCAAAACGAAAGAGAGUGGAACUAACAGAGCAUCAAAAGGAAGUAAGACGAGCGCAGCAAGGAAGGGAGAGGGACUGCAAUGGACACGGUCCUGGGGUCCGAACUUAUACGAAUCUCGACUUUUCGCAGGGAAACCAAGAGUCGCAAGACAGUCAGGGCAUUCAAGAUUCGGAAGCCAUGUUGGAGAUGUUGAGAAGAGUUGGAUGACUGUUUUCUAUUAAGUGAUGUUGUAUGAUAGUUUCACAUAUUAAUUCCCUCCUUGGUAUAUGUAAAUAUUAAUAUAAAAUAAUAUAUUUUAAUAAUUAUUAUUUUUGAAUA